AUGCUAUCAACAAGACCGAUAUCAUCAGGUGCAGCUGAUAUUACUGGCAUUACAGCGAAGGACGGAAAAUUGUACGUUGAUUGUGUAGAAGUGUCAACUAUAUCUCCAAAAAUGGCUAUAAAACAUUUUAUUUCUUUUCUUCAAAUGUCAGGAUCUAAAGUAAUUUUGGUUGCUCAUAACUGUUUAAGAUUUGACGGUCCUAAAAUUUUACAACUAAUAGAAAAAGAAAAUAUGUUAGCUGAAUUUAGUAAUAUUAUUUAUGGAUUCUGUGAUAGUUAUCCUUUGUUUAAAAAAAAACUACCAGAACGCAAGUGUUCGAAGUUAGGUUUUGGACUUGUGGAAUUAGCAAAAGAUUAUUUAAAUAAUGAUGAGAUUGUUAAAGCUCAUAACGCCAUAGGUGAUGUAACAAUGUUGCAGAAAUUGAUGUUUAACACUGAAAUUAAUUUGUCAGUUGAUGAUUUGAAAUCAAGUGUUCUAUCAAUUCAAUAUUUUCAAUAUACAAAACGUAGAUCAGCUAUUGUAGCAUCUUUGACACCAGAACUUUCUAUUUUACAGUCAUCAGAAGAAAAAGAAUCAAAGUUAGAUGAUAAAGAAAAAAGAGGUCUCUCUUCAGGAAUGAUCAAAAAAAUAGCAGAGGCUGGUAUUUUAUUAAAAAAGUUGAGGGAAACAUAUGCAACAAAUGGAAACACAGGAAUUACAAUUUUACUAGGUCAAGAUGUAGGUGGUAAGCCACGUGUGACAAAAUCGAAGGCAAUAAUCAAUGCAAUGAUAACAAGACUGAUUGAAAUUAGUGAAUAA